AUGAAGUUCCCAUAUUCUGAUCCCAUAGAUCCACAAGUGAUCGCCGAAUCUUGCCCUACCCAACUCGAUGUGCGUUUGGGAAAGUAUGGCUCGAUUGCAACAAAAGCCAGCGAAGAUUUUCUCCGGCAGUGGAAAGCCAUAGGUGGAAACUUCGAAGGAGGCUGCGAAUCUGCCAAGGGCUCUCUCAUCACUCUUGGAUUACCCGAGUGCAAACCAGAGAGAAUAGAGGUCUUGACGAAGUUGACAGAAUUUCUCUUUGUUGUGGAUGCCACACAGUCCGAAGAGGCAUUCUUGAGCAAGAACUCUACUAUCGCAGCAAGUGACAGCCAUCACUUGAAGACCCGUGAAAAGCAGAUUUAUGCUCAAAUAUUUGUUGAGCUUCUCAAGAUCGAUCCUAAACGGGGAGGAAUGAUAAUUGAAGUGCUCGAUGAAUACCGAUCUUGUAUUGGGACACGAAAGGCAGAUGAGAUUCAAACAUGGGACGAAUGGUUGCAAUACAGAUGGGAAGAUGCCGCUUGUCAUGUUUAUAUGCCCUUCAUUGUCUACGGCUCUGAGCUUGAUUUGACCAUGGCUGAUGUCAAGGCUGUUCAACAUAUCACUUGGCCCGGCAUGGUUGCCACAGCUCUGACCAAUGACAUCUACAGCUUUGACAGAGAGGCGUCCCUGGAGCUUCAGACGGGGGAAACAUAA